AUGUUUCUCCGCGUGGGUUUCUGUUGCUCUUUUUUUAAAAAAAAAUAAGUUAAAUUUUUUUAAAUACAAAACGGAGUUUUGCAUUGUUUCUAUUCAUAAAAUGAGCAUCUAUAAUUUCAAAAAUAAAACUAGAGAAUAAUAAAAAUCCUAGUUUGUCAUCAAAAAAAUUGAAGCUCAUAGAAAAAAUCUUCAUGACGAUACGUUUCAAGGAAAAAGUACAUAACAAUCAAAAGUCGCCAAGGUAAUUAUUUAAUUAAUUAAUUACCUGGCGUAACAUGUGUAAUAUGUCUAGAGAUUGAAAAAGUAAGUGAUUGAAUUAGUUGAACAUCUAUUCCACGAAGCAGUUACAAUUAAAAAGAAAAUGUCGCAAAAAUCAAGAAAAAAAAAACCUUGUUCCUGGUUGAAAAGUUCCCAAUCCUUGGUUAAAUUGAACGUUAGUUUGGAAGAGAUUGAUCGAAUUCAAGAAAAAAAGCUUCGAAAAGCGAAAAAAUUAAACAAAAAUUCGAAAAAAUGAGGCGCGCCAAAUAAUUGGCGUAAGUUAUGAUGUUUUGUGCAUACACCAUGACGCGAGAUUGAAUGCUUCAAAAAUUUGAAAAAAUUCUGAAAAAAAAGCUUUUGAACUAGUUUUCCAGUUGAUUCCUGGUUCAAAAACUUCCUCUUUAUUAUCUCGUCGUGAUGAAAUUCAUUAAAAGCACAAUGAUGACGGAAAAAUGAUCAAACUUUAAUGACGGCCCCAAGAGGACGUAAAUUGCUGAGUCAAUUGCGCUAUUUCUGGCUUUUCGCUUAAUUUUCGUGUCGAAAAAAGAGUGUAAAAACGUAAAAUUAGAAGGUUCUGGGCAUAUGUGUUGAAUCAGAGGGGAAUUCAAAGCAGAUUUGUUGGGGAUUUCGGGGGAAUCCGCCAGGAAGUGGAUUUUUUGAUGGAUUCCGAGGAUUUUAUUGAUAAUUUGAUGUAGUUUUAAGGAUGAUAUGUCAAGUAAGAGAAUUAUUAUCAUGUGAAAAAAAUAUACAAAAAAACCUUGAGAAUUAGGUCAAAAAGUGCAUGGAAGUCGGGUGAAGUCGGAAUGGGGAAUAAUCGCCGAAAAAGGCUCGAAAAAGGCUCGAAAAAGGCCGCAAAAUGCCGCAAAAAGGUUGCAGACAGGCAGAAAAAAGGCUCGAAAAAGGCUCAAAAAAGGCCGCAAAAAGGCUCAAAAAAGGCCGCAAAAAGGCCCCAGAAAGGUCGCAGAAAGGUCGCAGAAAGGUCGCAGAAAGGCCGCAAAAAGGCCGCAAAAAAGUCGUUUCCAUUAUUCUGGGGUUUGAAAGGCUCAAGAUAUGGUGGAAAAAGGGAGAGGCAGCAAAAAGGGUGCAAAACAGCCGAUGAAAUGGCGCAAAAAGGGUAGCAAAAAGGAAGCUUUUUCCACCCUUUUUCGUGCUUUUUUAAGCUUCCAGGUGCUUAUUAGUCUUUUCUAUUAUGCUUGAAAAAUCAAAAUAUUCGCGUUAGAGCGCGAAGAAGCUUUAAAAAUGGCUUUUCUCUAUUUUUUCGACUUUUCAUUCCUCGAACCACUCAUCUUAUCCUCAACGUAUGAAGCUAAGCUCCUUAAAUUUUCCAAAAACUUCAACUUCUCAUAAGAUUCUCAUCAAAUCAUUGAAAUGGACUCAUUUCGGAUUUACGUAAGCCUCUGUCAUCCUGGAAAAAAUGGAUUUAGCGAGAAAAUAUUGUAGUUUUCGGCGGAAAUUGAGGUCCGUUAUAUUCGGACUUUUCGGGAAUGUCAAAUCCUCAGAAAGGAAAUGAGAAAAAAAGCAAUUUUUUUGGUUAUUUUUUUAAAUUUUCAUACUUGUAAGGGGUAGUUUUUGAUUCUCUACACGUAGAUCAUUGUUCUGAUUUUUUUAUCUUCCAGAAAAAUGAGGAAAAAAAUUCUCAGAAUUUUGAAAAAAAUGUGAUAAGGAUCAAAUUUCCUGGAGCAAAAAAACUAGGGAAAAAUUAUGAAUUUUCAAAAAAAGAGAAAAAAAGCUCUUAAUGAAAAAAAGCUACCAUUAGAACAAAAUUAACCCUUUUUUUCGUGAUUUUUUUAAUUAUCAAAAGUUCGAUUUUAAGCUUCUCCUCCUUGUCGCCGUGGUUUUGAUCUUGGCCGAAGCUAAGAAUAGACGUCAACUCAGUGAGUUUUUUUGAUCUUGAGAAAAAAAUAAUGAUGAUUCCCAAUGCUCAAUGGGCGACCGAAUUUCAGGGGAUUCUCCAGGAAAUUUUUUUCAAUCGAGAAAGUUUUUCUCGCUUAUAUAUAGGGACCGCAGACGAACUUUCAAAAUUUUUUUUUCAGCAUUGAGCUUUGUAUGGUUUGAUAGCUGUUUCGAGUCCAAACUCAGAACCGUUUAGUUUUUCGAAAAAGGUUGAGGAUGAAAAAUGUUAUGACGAAAAAUGUGGCGCGCCGCGCACCAUUUUUUUAGUACUUAAAUUUUGGUAUUAUCCAUUUUGAAAUUUUUCUCGAUUUUUCUUCUAGAACAAGUUUUGAUACUGGUCUAUUAUGAUGUAACAAAUCAUAAUAGAGUGCUAAAAUGAUGAAUAUUUGCUAGUUUGCCGAAAAAGUCAGUAUUUUCCAGAAAACAAAAAACUGACGCUUGCGGGCAUCGAACUCGCGACCUCAAAAUGAAAAAUCGCAGCGCACGCACUGCGCCAAGCUGUCAGGUCUAGCGCGGGGAGCUUCCAUCCGCCAUACCCUUCAGCCGUUUAAAUAGCACAGAUUGUCUAUUUCAAAAAAAUAAAAAAACUUGAAGUAAUUAAGCUAUUUUUUUAUCAGAAUAUGUUCGCAAAUCUUUACUCAAACUUUCCGUGAAAAAUUCACUUCGAAAAAAACUGUUUUUUUAGUGCUUUUUUUGCCUCUUUUUAACGAUCGCUGCCUUAAAAACGGCCCCGUAAAUUUUUUUGGCAAAGACGAAUUUUUUUAUUUCAUUCUUUUUAAUUGAAAGAUUUUUUUACUAAUAAAUGUAUAUAAUCGUUUAAAAAAACCUGCGUUCGACCGUUUUCUGUGUGAUAAACGCCGCUAAUUUUAUUCUCUAUUUUUCAAGAGCAUUUUUUUGCGUAAUAAACAACUUUUUUUCAAGCACAUAUUCUGUGGAGAAAUAUUUAAGUAAGCCCGUGAUCUAAAUUUUGAAAAAAGAAAAACUCGAUUCUAUUCGCAUAUUAACGAUAUUUUGAAUUACGACUUUCGGCACUCCCUAAAAUUUUUGGCAAAGACGAAUUUUUUAUUUUAUUGUUUUAAAAAUACCGUUACUUGAAUCAAAAUCAUUAUAUAAAAAAAGAAAGAGUGCGUUCGACCUGAAAACACAUAAAAAAGCAAAAAAAUGACAAAUUUUUUUAGUUGCAUUCACGCUUUUGUACGACAUUCCGCGAGAACGCAUCAAAAAAGCGUAAAAUUUUUUUUAAACGAAAGAGGAAGCUUUUCUGUACAUGUGUGUCAAAAUUUAUUAUCCAGUUCCACAUAUUUUGCAACUACAACAAAAUGAAAGUUGAAAACCAAAAAAAAGCCACUUUUUCUAUCGCGAAAAGGGGCGUGGCUUUGCGGUCCCUACUUAUAUAGCUGAUUCACGGCUGGCUUGAGCCAUCGAGAAAAGGGUCAUGCCACGAAAAGAGACGAGACAGUGCCUGGUUGUUGGAGAGUGCAGACAGGCCACGCCUUUUUGCGUCCCAAGCUAGCCGUGAAUCUUCUAUAAAACCAUUAGGGACUCGAGAAUACGAAAAUAUUCUCAAAAUUAAAAGAAUAAACAAAUCUGAAAAUUUUUUUGACUUUUUGAACUGAUCUGGUCCCUUUCUUGAAUAUUAGUUCAAAACCUUUAAUUUUUUUUUCAAAUUUUCAAAGUUUUCUGGAUCAAAGAUAUUCUACAUUAUACGUCUUCAUAUGAAAAAUCCGGAAAACCGUCGGAAGUCGAUCAUUUUUCCGACCACUUGUUGGACUGGUCCGAAAAACCUUGGAAAAAAUUUAAAAGCUUAUUUUUGACUUCUUCAAAGUUCGUAGAGCAAAUUCUUGUUUAGAAUUUCAUGUUGGAUCCAAAAAUGAACUCUUUAUUUUAAAAUUCGCAGAGCGAACAGAUUUAUAUCACUUCUAAGACCCAAUAUGACCGGUCCAAAAAAGAAAUUAUCGAAAAAUUGAAUGUUUUUCCAGAUUCCAAAGCUUUUUCUUACGCCGAAUUUUUUUCUCAAUCUAAAAAUUGGACUCUCAUCACUUUUUGUAUCAAAACUUCAGUUUUUAAGGCAUCAUUUUGCAUUAUUUUCGAGUUUUAUUAGAUAACUGAGGUAGUGAGACGGAAUGGUCGCACUGAGAAUGGCUUAAGACGCGUUGCGGUCGCGCAGCGUUUCAAAGAUUUUCAGCUUUUUUUUUUCCGUUUUUUACCACUUUUGAAGUCUCGAAAUGAUCGCCUAUCACAGAAAAAGUCUUUCAGAAUCCUUGGAUGCUUGCCUUUACACGGACGAAUGCCCGGACGGUUACGUUUGCGACUGUCGGGGACCUGUCGAUUGCUAUUUUCUUCGCCGCUUCUGCUACAGAAAUGGCGAAAAUAACAUUUUCUUCGGUCUUUUUUGA